UGUGGCCGUACCCAAAUGCACUCGAACGAGUGGCAUCAAAUUGCACAACUCAAUAGGUCCGAUAGUCCACCGAAAUUCUAACAGACGCAGCAGUUAAGAACCUUUGUCAAAAGUCACUCCAGCCGUCUCGCUUACCCAUAUACAAACAUAGGUUAAGACCAAAUUGUAAAAAUCCUAUAUAAAUGAAUGACUUUGUUGAAUAAAGAUGAUUCUUUGUCCGAGAACUGACUCUGGCAGUCUUUCGGCCUGAACCGGUAGUUUCUACCUUAGUUCGGUUACCGAUUUAGCCUAAUAGAGAAAGCCUUCUCCAAUCAAAGGAGCUUUAAUGCUACAUGGCGACCGUGACAGGUUAUCUACUAACUUCAAAAGUAGACCCUGCAAGUCAGUAAAAGUGCGUGAAUUAUACCCGAUCGCGAUGUGCAUGUAAAGUUAAAAAAAAAGAGUACUUAGUGACUUGGAAAAACAAAUGCGUGUAAAAGUGAUGUGAUGUGAUGUGACUACGUCGACCAGUUGAAAAAUAAUUAAAAUCCGUCAAAAAUUCUCGUUCAACAUGGGCUGGUUUGGCUCAGACGAGAUAGAGAACAAUUUUAACACAAGUGCUCAUGAUACUUUACAAACUGUCGCGCUAUCAGUGAUAGCGCUAGUGGUACUGAUUUAUGGCAUUUUGCGGAUUGUUAAUAACCACCAAAAACGCCAAGCGGAGACAAUAUUCCAACUGUACAUUUGAGAAGGUAUACUCUAAAGGACUCGUAAAGAGGAUCAACGACGGAACCAUCCUUAUUAAUGACGCAGUCGUAGAAGUUACAUCGAAUUGCACUAAUUCCAGCCAACCAUUAAGCGGAUACAAUUUACCCAAUGUAUCCUUCAUAUUAACGAAGAACUCUACUCCAACUAUGAAAUCACCAUACCUGGUAGACCAUACUAUCCAACAACCGGACUACGAGUAGACGAAAUUCAUAUCAUCGAUGAACCACCUAUGGAAUACUUACAAAAACUUACAUUGGAUCAUCGAGAAGAAUUGGAAACCUUAAAGCUGCAAAACCAUUCCCUUUCAUGGAAACUCAAUGUAUUUGGAAGCGUUGGACUUUCGACGGUAAUUAUUGUCUCGAGUUCAAUAGCAGUUUUCUGUUAUAUUUUCAGAAGGAAACAGCAAUCAGACAUUAAAGUCACAUUCAACAAAGAUGCUGAGACUAUCAUAAUUCAUGACUUGGAGCCAUCAACAUCUUCAACAUUAUCAGAAAGCAAAUCUCUCACAUCAAAUCUAGAGGAACUAUCAGAGGAAAGGAAGAAAGAACUUCAAACAUUUUUCGAUACUCCAACGGCACUCCGCACCAUCCACAUGUAACUUUGAGGACAAAGUAACUUAAGAGGGAAGGAGUUAGCAACAGCGCGGCCUACAUCAUCAGUCCAUCGAUCCCACAAUCUCUUCAGACGACGGAUGACAUAUCCCAGACCACUUUCUUCGAUAAUCCAAACAAUCGCCGUUAUUAAAAUCACGCCGAUCACCGAUGUCGCCAAUGCUAUGAUGCUAUGGACCACCCGCACGCAGAGUCAUCAGAAUCCAAGUUAUCACCCAGUGGCCCACGCACCACAGCAAAGUAAAGCAAUCGUCAUUCGUCAGUUGAUCACACGGAUUAUCGCUGACGACGACAAAACAUCCGCGCGGUAUCGCGUAUCAUUCUGAUUGUUUAGGCUAGGAGGCAAUAUCGUUUUGUUUAUUGUGAGGUUUGAUGAAAGUAAAAUAAAGAAUGUCCAAUCAGUUCAUUUCUGACCGUGAUCGAGAGUAGACUUUUUUUAAAAAGCCGAACCGUCCGUCGAAGACUUAACUGUCGCCCGAAUCUGGGACCUGAUAGUAAUUGUAUAAGUUCAGUCGAACGAAGCCACCUUCAGCUGCCUCCAAGAGAGAAUUCGUCAUCCCGGACCCAGAGCCAUCAUCAAUCAAGUUGGUGAUUUGAGGAGACGGAGCGCGAAGAGGUGCACUACCAGGAUACCCAACCCCGGAAAUAGGACCAUCCAGGACUGAGGCGUUGUCCCGCAGUACAAACCGUACUUCCUGAGCUUCAAAGGACUUUCCAGGACCUAGGCGUUGUCCCGCAGCAUGCGAUUGUGCUUCCUGAUUCUCUUAAUCCCACACAUACUUUGUAACAACAUCGAAAUUCACAACGUUAGCAACGAUCCAGUAGUCAUAGUGAAGAUAGGAGAAGCAAGAAUCAUAGAAGGAUACCAGAAAUUCGUACAUGCCAUCAACAUAACGGACAUAGAACAGUCAAUAUCGCAGAUAGAAAGUCACAUAUCCACAGUAAACAUCAGCCAUCCAGAACUAAUCACACUACUGAAACGAAAGACAGACGACCUAAGAAAUAAUAUAAAACAACUCAAACCAAGACGAAAACAAAAACGUUGGGACGCGCUAGGACGAGCAUGGAAAUGGAUGUCUGGUUCACCUGACGCUGACGACCUUAGAAUAAUUACAAAAGGCAUAAACGAAAUGGUCGACAAUAGUAACAAACAAAUCAAAAUUAACGACCAAGUUUUUGAUAGUUUAGGAAACCUCACAGAAAUAACUAAUAAACUCAUCAACAUUACAGAACAAAAUUCCAAGCUUUCUUCAGAAGAAACUCAGGUAUUACAUUUGAUUUUAAAUUUAGACAUCAUCAAUCAGGAGAUAGCAAGCAUACAGGAAGCCAUAAUAUUUGCAAAAUUAGGGACAGUCAAUUACAAGCUUCUAACCACGGACGAAAUCAUCCAAAUUGACGAAUUGCUAAGCAACCAAGGCAUGCACCUGGACCUCUUAGAAGAAGCCAUCAACUUUGCGAAGGUGACCAUCGGCACAAACAACGAGUUAUUGCUCUACGUGGUAAACAUCCCCAAGUUUUAUCAUCCGGUCUACGAAGUACUGAAAAUCGAAGCCAUCUUAAAAAAUUCUCAACGCAUCCAUUUGAAAGGAAAUAUUUAUUUACGAAACAAGAACGAAUUGUUACUACAGAAAACACCUUGUGAACGACUUGGAAAUUGGAGUCUAUGCUAUCAAUCAGACGUCGAAGACAUUUCGGACGACAACUGCGUUUCCAAACUAGCAAGGGGAACGGAAAGCACAGUCUAUCAUAAUUUUCGUUAUGUUCAAAUUUCGGCUAACCGUCUAACGUUGACCCAGGAGGCCCAACACUCGGGGGAGAGCAGUUAUCACCCAGUGGCCCACGCACCACAGCAAAGUAAAGCAAUCGUCAUUCGUCAGUUGAUCACACGGAUUAUCGCUGACGACGACAAAACAUCCGCGCGGUAUCGCGUAUCAUUCUGA